AUGCUUCUCGACGAUUACCAUCCCAGAGGCAACCGCGGAGAAAGCACUCGUGGAAGUGCUUUACAUGUCCCGUUACCGACACUUAGUUGCACCGCCGAGAGUGUGAAAAUCCUUGUGACGCUGUUAAGCUGCCUGGCGCAUGGCAAGCGCGACCAGCGUGUGCGCUGCGAUGUGGAUCGACGGGGUCUACUAUUCACUUCGCAUUCGAAGGGCAAAUCUCUGCAGAUCAAGACGUCCAUCGGGCGAGAGCUCUUCGAAAAGUACAAGUUCGGUGCUGGAGGACCCGAAGCAGCAGAGCAGGACGAGGACGAGGACGAAGAUGACGAGGACGCCGUGCAGCUGAGCUUCGCCCUUAACGUAAACCUGCUGAUCGAGUGCUUGUCCAUUGCAAGUUUGCUACUCGUCGUGGAGGACGGCGGAGUCAUGUGCGAGUGCUCCAUGCAAGUUCUGGAGCACGAAGGCGGCGACAUGGGCCAGCUGGAGUUCGAAACCGCGUUCGAGCAAUCUGCAGUAGUGGCUCGCUGCAUUAUGCAGUCGGAGCCUCUACGAGACGCUUUUGCCGAGCUCUACGAUCUGCCCAGUGCUGCGAGUGUGACGAUCGCCAUGGCAGACACAGACAGCAGAAGCCCUGAAGAUAGAUCGGAAGCGAAGUGUCUAAUCUUGAGCGCGACGUCGGAGACAGGUUCGUGCGAGAUCGACUUUGCGCCUACGUCGUCGGCGUUUAUCGAGUUUUCCUGUGCUGCAUCAAACGAAGGUGAGUAUGGUAGCAGUUGUGCGGCCACUUUCCACGUUGCGGUGCUCCAGCAGGCGUUCAAGGCGCUUGCUCAUUCAGAUGAAACAUUUCUCCGUAUGAACGGGGAUGGCUUCUUGUCGAUCCAGCACAUGAUUGAAAGUGGUUCAGGUGACAAAGCUUUUGUUGACGCUUUAAUCAGCCCCGAGGACACCACCAUGUCGUAG